AUGGCCCGGGCUCCCUGGGGAUGCUGCCCCUGGCUUGUCCUCCUCUGUGCUUGUGCCUGGGGCCGCGCAAAGUCACUGGACCUGAGAGAGGAUGUGAGAAACUGUUCAAUCAGCCCUCCGUACCUUCCAGUUACUGUGGUCAAUACCACAGCGCAGCUCACAGCCCUCCGCCAGCAGAUGCACACCCAGAAUGUCUCUGCCUACAUCGUCCCGGACACGGAUGCUCACAUGAGCGAGUACAUCGGCGACUAUGACAAGAGGCGUGCGUGGAUUACAGGCUUUACAGGGUCUGCAGGAAUCGCCGUGGUGACCAUGGGGAAAGCCGCUCUCUGGACCGACAGCCGCUACUGGACCCAGGCUGAGCGGCAGAUGGACUGCAACUGGGAGCUCCAUAAGGAAGUUGGCACUACUCCUGUUGUCACCUGGCUCCUCACCGAGAUUCCUGUUGGAGGGCGUGUGGGCUUCGACCCCUUCCUCUUCUCCAUCAAUUCCUGGGAGAGUUAUAACGUGGCCCUCCGAGACUCUGACAGAGAGCUGGUGUCCAUCACCGUCAACCUUGUGGACCUGCUGUGGGGGUCAGAGAGGCCUCCGGUGCCAAGUGAGCCCAUCUAUGCCCUGCAGGAGGCAUUCACAGGAAGCAGCUGGCAGGAGAAAGUAUCUGGUAUCCGAAGCCAGAUGAAGAAGCAUCGUGAGGCCCCAACUGCCGUGCUUCUGUCCGCACUUGAUGAGACGGCCUGGCUCUUCAACCUGCGCAGCAGUGACAUCCCUUAUAACCCCUUCUUCUAUUCCUACACGCUGCUCACUGACUCCUCCAUCAGGUUAUUUGCAAACAAGAGUCGCUUUAGCUCCAAGACCCUGCAGUACCUGAACUCUGGCUGCACGGAUUCCAUGUGUGUGCAACUCGAAGAUUACGGCCAAGUCCGUGACCGCGUCCAGGCUUACACCUCAGGAGCCGUGAAGAUCUGGAUCGGGACCAGCUACACCUCGUAUGGGCUCUAUGAAGUGAUACCCAAGGAGAAACUCAUAGCAGACACCUACUCCCCAGUGAUGGUAACCAAGGCGGUGAAAAACAGCAAGGAGCAGACCCUCCUCAGGGCCAGCCAUGUGCGGGACGCUGUGGCUGUGAUCCGAUACUUGGUCUGGCUGGAGGAGAACGUGCCCAAAGGCACCGUGGAUGAGUUCUCAGGGGCAGAGCUGCUGGAGAAGUUCCGAGGAGAAGAAGAGUUCUUCUCCGGAUCCAGUUUUGAAACCAUCUCUGCUAGUGGCCUGAAUGCUGCCCUGGCCCACUACAGCCCCACCAAGGAGCUGCACCGCAAGCUGUCCUCAGAUGAGAUGUACCUGCUGGAUUCCGGGGGACAAUACUGGGACGGGACAACAGACAUCACCAGAACAGUCCACUGGGGCACCCCCUCUGCUUUCCAAAAGGAGGCGUACACCCGCGUGUUGAUAGGAAAUAUUGAUCUCUCCAGACUCGUCUUCCCAGCUGCUACAUCAGGGCGAAUGGUGGAGGCCUUUGCCCGCAGAGCCCUGUGGGAUGUUGGCCUCAAUUAUGGUCAUGGGACAGGCCACGGCAUUGGCAACUUCCUGUGUGUGCACGAAUGGCCAGUGGGAUUCCAGUCUGGCAACAUUGCCAUGGCCAAGGGCAUGUUCACUUCCAUCGAACCUGGUUACUAUCAGGAUGGAGAAUUUGGGAUCCGUCUUGAAGAUGUGGCCCUUGUGGUAGAAGCAAAGACCAAGUACCCAGGGACCUACCUGACAUUUGAAGUGGUGUCGUUGGUGCCCUAUGACCGGAACCUCAUCGACGUCAGCCUGCUGUCCCCCGAGCAGCUCCAGUACCUGAACCGCUACUACCAGACCAUCCGCGAAAAGGUGGGCCCCGAGCUCCAGCGGCGCCAGCUGCUGAAGGAGUUCUCCUGGCUACAGCGGCACACGGAGCCCCUGGCCUCCAGGGCAGCGCCCACCGCCUCCUUGGCCCCUCUGAUGACAGUCUCUGCUCUCACCAUCCUCAGCUGGAGUGUCUAG